CAUCUUUUGUAUCCGCAUGUUGAAAUUUUUAUGGAUAUUUUUAAUUGUGAAACUAUUUUUACAAAAUCUGAUCAAGAGUGCAUCGUUUCCAGAGCAGUAACCAGAUGGGAGAUAACAACCUCGGUAAAGAGGACAAUGACCUGCAAAGAGCCAUAGCCCUCAGUCUGGAACAGCAGUCCAAGGGUGCGGCUGUGGGGGGAGGGGGAGAAAACAACCGGAGUGAUGAAGACACUAUGGGCGAAAGCAGCAUGGGGGGUGGGGCCAAAAGAGUGACGUGGGGAGAUAUGCGGAUAUCGAAUGAAGACACUGACAUCAACAAGGCGUUGGAGGAGAGUCUUAGGACUAGUAAACUAGAGAAUGCCAGUCUGUAUGCUUUCGACGGCGAUCCCAAUGAACGGAAGAGAUGUUCAAGUGAGUGGCCCCUAGGACUGCAGAACAUAGGCAACAGUUGUUGGUUCAAUUCAGUCAUCCAAGCUCUCUUCAACAUCAGUGCAUUUCGCAACCUCGUGCUUAACUUCAACCCACCCCUCAAUGCAGCCCCGACCGAAAGCGCGAAGAAGAAGUUCCAGUUCAUGAAGGAGCUCAGAACCCUCUUUGCAUAUCUCAUUGGCAGCUCUAGGAAAUACGUGAACCCACGCAGAUCGGUCGAAAUAUUCAAAGGAGCGUUUGAGGGUAGUGCAUAUAGUAACACACAGCAAGACGUGACUGAAUUCACCAGCAAACUCUUGGAGUGGGUCGAAGAAUCACUGCAAAUUUACAAUUCAGCUCUGGAACAGUCAUCGCAACUAAACUCAAUAGAAAAAGAAGAUCAGUCGACGACAUCAUUAUUUUCGGACAAUUCAGCUGAAGAGAUGGUGUCUCCAGAUCAAUUAAAGGGCAUAUUUUAUGGAGAGAUUGAGACUCACGGACUCACAGAUAGGAAUGAGGAGUUCCAAGCCAAAGAGGCCUUCAUCCAGGUGCCUCUGCAAGUGCGUGGAUUCCAGACACUCUACGACAGCAUAGAUGCCAGCCUGCAGUCAGAGUUCACAGCCAGCAGUUCGCGUGGGGAACAGUGGAUUACAAAGGUUCCACGAGUGGUGAUUCUGAACUUGAACAGAUUCAUCUACAACCCCAGCUCACAGAGGACGGAGAAGAUACAUGACAGGUUGCAGUUCCCAGAAGUGCUCUACUUGGACAGGUUCCUCCUCCGAAACCAAAAAGUCACAAGGGAGAAGAGGAAACGGGUGGGCGAGUUGAAGGCUAAAUUGAAUGUACUAAACUCUCAGCUGAACCACUUGCAAGAGUUCGGAUCCAAGGCAAUACCCCUGAAGGACGGACUGCAGUGUGUACUGGACUAUGCUUCCACCCUAGACAGAUCAGCACAUGCAGACGAUAGGAGUUUGAGUAAUUAUAAAACGACAGGGGACAGCCACUUAACAUAUAGCAGUUUACAGAGUGAAGAAAUGAGAUCUCCCGGGAAGAAUUCGUCUUCGUCACUAUGUGAUGAUAUGCAAAUUGACUUGCAAGAUGACUUCACAAGUAGCGACAAUACCCUUUCCACUGUGGCGUCUUCUGAUGCGUCAGACAUAAGGUCCGACAGUGUGAAAACUGUCAUUAGCACACUAACAAUGUGGAAAAGCAAAGUGGCGAGACAAAUACAAGAUUUGCAGGCGUCCAUCCAGGAAUUGACCAAUCAAAUUGACGCAAUGUAUAACCAGGAUUCCCUCAAAACGAUGCCGUACAAGUUGCACGCAGUGCUUGUGCACGAAGGAGAGGCACUUUCGGGUCAUUACUGGUGCUUCGUGAAGCAGAGGGUGAGCGACUACAGCAACGCCCAAACGCCCGCUUGGCUUAAGUUCAACGACACCCAAGUCAGUUGGGCCGACAAGUCUCACAUGCAGACGGAGUCCUUCGGAGGAGGCAGUGGCAGAGUUGGUGGCAGUGAUAGUGGGACGCAAAAAGGCUGCCGCCAAUUGUCCUGCAGCGCAUACUGCCUCAUCUACAUCGACACCGCGUCCAAUGACAUAUUUGAAGAGACUGGAAAUGUGUGUCUGGAGUCCCUCCCUGAGGAUCUCCGCCAGACUGUUAGGGAGGACAAUGAGUCGUUUGAGAAGGAAUUGGCCAGCUGGAAUAGCAACAGCAAACUACAGGAGUCAGUCGACUUGGCCACUCUGGACGAAGGAGGAGGAGCGAAGUACUCCACGCGCAAUGCAAGCUUCGCUGUUGCAGAACGUGAUUCUAUCGCCGAGCACGGCCGUGACGAACACAGCGAGUCAUCUCAUGCUGCAGAGAAUGUGGGACUAAACCAAACGAAUAAGGAAUACGGCCUGGUUCCUAGUCAGACGCUUACAAGCUCUCCGAGGGACAAUGCAGACGUCUCUUUGGAUCAAUUAAAUGAAAGAGUCUGUAAGCUCAUGUUCGAUUUGUCGUCUAUGGAAGCGAAACAACUGGUCCAGAAAGUGUCGGCUCAGUUUGAUUCGAGCUUAGAAGGCAAUGCCUACGCGAAAGUCUCGAAGUUGUUGACAUUGCUGAAGAAAGAGAUGGACGAGAGGCUGAAUAGAGCAGAUGAAGACGGAGAUGCAGAGUGCCCGACAGUAAAGGGUGCUGUUAGCCGACUGAGACACAUAGCCUACUUGGCCAUCUCGCUCUCCCUAAACUCACUGGUCAUUAACAGAUGCAAUCUGGAGACACUGACUUACAUCGAUAGGAGCUGUUUGAGUGACGAUACGGUUGCCCUGCAGAAUGCGGCCACUCGCUUUCUGGAGAAAUGGACCUGGCCCCCGGAUGCAGAGGCAUAUGUGCAAUAUUGUCAACUGCACAGGGACUUCUUCCAACUGUUCCGGGCGGCCAGUCGCUUCUCAGACGCCUUCCUCCACUUUCAAGAGGGACGUCACAGAGCAGCCAUGCCACAGUUCAUCAAUGCGCUAGAGAUCAACUCACAAGGCGAGUAUGACCCUGGAAAGAGACUAGAUGCUGAACUGCUGUGCUACUUCCGAAGAGUCUGUUUUAUUAACUUGAACCAGGAAGCUCUAGAUCAAUUCCAGAGUGAAGACUUAAGUGAACAGAUGGAGGGAUUGCGUCUCGCUCAGGAGUUUGUGAUUCCAGUGGCCGGGUCACUGUGCAAAUCAGCAGUCAUCUCCUCCGCCGCCGGGAACUCCCAAGAGACAAGUACAUCUCAAAAUGUAGUUGAAAAUCUACAAGCUGUGGAAUACGUACGAGCUCAGUGGUUCAGUCUUUUGGCCAACGAAAUUGCCCCUUCGCUUGUAGAGAAAUUUCAAGAUGUGCUCUCAAAACUGACCGAUGAAAGUUCCUUGACAGAUCUAGCUUUCCAAGUGGACUACUCGAUUUUGAACAAGUUUGACACCGAUUUGGAACGGAGAAGUGUCGAGCAAAUAGUAAAAACUGUUUCAGAAGCAGUCGCUUACAAGAGCUCUAGAAGUGACACAAUUAUGGAAGUCCAAUAGUUUUAAUUUUUAAUCCAAAAAUGGAUUUGAGAAUCAAAUUUGAUGCUGUUGUAAUUUUUCUUUUGAUGCUUAGCUUUUGUAUUUUUACUUGUCAAUAUAAUUGUGAAUAA